AUGCCUUGGUCCUCCUGCCUAAAAAUCAAUGAGACAUUGCUAACAGUAAAGAAAGGGAAGACUAAUUUUAUCGAAGUACAAGCGAAUAACCCAACAAAUCAUGAUAUUGUUAUUAAGCGACGGACAGUGUUAGGACGAUUACAACUGGUACGGUCUGUAACUGCAAUACCAGUAAAAUUGAGAGAGGAAACCAUUGAGAAUGGUUCUCAAGUAGACCAAACUUGUAAAGUUAGUGAAUGUUCUGUUGCUUUCACUGAUGAAACCCAGUCCGUGGUGGGCAUCCCUGAUCACAUAAAAAACAUUGACUUAAAGGGGUUAACACCAGAACAAAGAUCAGUUGCGCUAAGGAUGUUAGCUCAAGAAGCUGACGCAUUUUCACAGAACGAUGAUGACAUUGGGUGUAUCCCAGAUCUGAAAGUAACAAUCAAAUUGAGUGACGAUCGAGACACCAGUACAAAAGAACUACACGGCAGUGCCAAGACCGCUUUAUCCUGA